UUAGACAAAAUUCUCUUGAGCAACAACACUUUCCUCCGCGAGGGGGAGAGUAGAAGGGGCUCCUCACUUGCUCGCCUGCCUAUAAGAUGCUGUGUUACACUCUUGUGCUAGACUUGUACGAACUGUAGACGUGUGAGCACCUUAAGCACUCGCUCUCCGACAACAUCCUGUUGCUCUUUCCUGUGACAAUCUUUUGUGCGCCUUUUUGUACACGGGAAAUCGCAACUGCGAAAUCCUAAACAUUCAAUCCUGCCUGAACGAUUCGCCGAUCGUGCGAGUUCGCCGAACUUUUGAGACAUUCAGAAUGGAAGUGUGUAAUCGCGAUUCGAACACCCUCGAGCGCAACGAACCUCAAUCCUCUUUGGUGCAUCGAAAAGUUGACAACCUCGACGAUCUUAUAAAACAACUCCAUUGUGCUUUCGCUACCGAUUUUGUGGAUAUCGAUCACGUUCGAUCGCUCAUGGAAGCUUACAGAAGCAGCCCACAGGACUGGAAAAAGUAUGCCAAGUUCGAUCGUCACAGGUACACGAGGAAUUUGGUUGACGACGGUAACGGAAGAUUCAAUCUGAUCGUUCUUUGUUGGGGCGAAGGUCACGGCUCUGCUAUUCAUGACCAUGCCAAUGCGCAUUGCGUUAUGAAAGUCCUCCAGGGAGAAUUGACCGAGACUCGAUACGCUUGGCCCGACGAAAGUGCGGAACCGAGAGAAGACGGUGAUAAGCUUCAGGAAACGAGUAGAAGUACCUUCGGCCUUAAUGACGUUUGUUACAUAAAUGAUUCGUUGGGGUUGCACAGAAUUGAAAAUCCGAGCACGAUUAAUCCUGCUGUAUCGUUACACAUCUAUUCACCACCUUUCGACAUGUGUUCGGUCUUCAACAAACAAACUGGCCAGAAAAUACCGUGCAAAGUGACCUUCUGGUCGAAACAUGGCGAACGUCGUAAUCGGGAAAUCCAAGAUUCGCGAUCCCCCGAGGACAACUGAGCGACUGAAAAGGAAAAAGCAUCGAGUGUUCUUAUUCCUUCGUCUCGGAAUGAAAAACUUAUUUUAUUACAAUUGUAUCCGUAGGUACUUAAUUUAUGGAAAAACUUGAUGAGCGAAUGCAAGUUCAUCACGCGAGAAUAUUUGAGAGUACAGCGCACGUUAUUGCGGAAUGAUAAUUAAAGAAAUCGCACUUUUUAAUGUU